AUGCCGACGCCGUCGAGACCGUCAAGAGCUUCCUCCGUCGCUAGCGUCGAUACUACGGCCUCGCAAUCCAGCGCUGCUCUGCUUGGAGCCACCAAGGCUUUCGUAAGAGCAGCUCCCCAGCAACGGACUACUUCAGCGUCCGACGUGCGCGGCAAUGGAGCACUGGCGGCUGCCUCUACGGCUGGCAGCGGAAGUGGAAGCAAGACGCCCGUCUCCCGUUCCCCACGUCCUCCCCCGGCAUCACGAGAACCUAGCGUUGGCCGCGAGAGCGUGAAGGAGAAGGCGCAAAUGGACAUGUCGAAGUUUCCAAGUCUGGCGCCGCCCCAGCAGGCGCGGCCGCCGCAUAGCAGGAGCCCUUCCCAUCAGGCUGCCGUUCUGGCAACCUCACGUGCCCAGCCGACGGCAUCCACUUCCACCACUUCAGAGAAGCCAGGAAGACAUCCUCCCGGAACAGGCUCCAAGAGGCCUGCUGUUGCACCAAAACCUCGGAGACUGAGUGAGCACUUCAAGCCCAGCAAUGGCAAGAGCGACAAGCCUACGGACACCACCCCAAUCGCCCCCACCACGUCACUCGUUGAUUUGUUCGAACGGAGAUUGAAAGAGACGCAAGACUCGCCGGGAAAGAGGCCAGAACCGAUCGUUAUCAAACCUAGCAACGAGCUCACGCUGAAGAGUCCAAAGCCAGUGAGAUCAGGCAUCACUUCUAUGUUGCAGUUGGAGCUUGGAAGUGAGAAAGAGGAUAAGAGAUCCCAAGACAUCGGCCCAUCGUCUGGAGAGAGGCAUGACUCUAUUGGGCAAGGCAAAGAAGGAAGACCCUCCUCCGAUGAUUCCUUUGCGUCUGCUUCAGAAGAUCUGAAUCCACGAAGCCCUCCGAGCAGCCCACCCCGUGCUCUUCCAAUUCGCAGUGUGAAAACGGCGAGUCCGUCACCGGGCCACACUCUGAAAGUUGAGAACGAGGCGAAGAGACGACCUCAAGUCUCUCCAUCUCCUUUGCGUCAAACAGCCUCCAAACCAAUUGAGAUCAAGCCACCACGACGUCCUUCGACGGCACAAUCUGAUACGCUUUCUGCAUCUUCGUCAAAAUCACUCAGGAGCAUACCAGCUCAAUUCAACCAGGCGUAUCCACGCCGAAUGACACCAUUGACCACAGGGGAUGAACUUGCCAACGCACUGGUUGCAUCGAGCCUAGCCUCAUCUCGUGGCCCUUCACCAAAACGAUUCGACCCACCGGCAGCCCCUUACCGCAAGAAGAACCACCAUCAUCAUCACCAUCACGGAUUGUCUUUUUCUCGUACACCUAGUCCAAAGAAGGGGGCUAUGCUGCACACUUUGCGCAAGAAGGACGACUCAUCAUCGGACAGCGAAAGUGAUCCGCAUCCAUAUGCAAAGCACAGGAAGAAGCGACUUGUACGGAAACACCCAAACAAACAUCAUGAGGGUGACCGAAAACGCUGGCGCGAUGCAGUGACAGAACGCGAACGCAAGCGAUAUGAAGGAGUAUGGGCGGCGAACAAAGGCAUGCAUUACUCGUUCACCUAUGAAGAGAUUCACUUCUUCGAGAGAGCACCAGACCAUCCACGGACGAAGGAGACGAAGACCGCUGUCCAAGACCAGGUAUCCAAUCUCGUGGCGCGAGACAUUUGGCUUCGAUCGCGAUUACCGCCUGCAGUCUUGGAAACGGUCUGGGAUCUGGUGGACCACGACAGCGUAGGACGUUUGCACAAGGAGGAGUUCGUUGUGGGUAUGUGGCUCAUCGAUCAGCGACUGAAGGGUCGCAAAUUGCCUACGAGGGUUACAGAGACGGUUUGGGCGAGCGUUAGAGGGAUACAAGGUAUCAAGAUCAAGAAAUGA